GCGCACACCCACGAGUACACACACACGCGCACACACACGUGCGCGCACAGACACACACACGCGCACACACACACACACGUGCGCGCACAGACACACACACGUGUUGGGGGGCUGGUGGGGGUGACGGGAGGGGCGCGUGCGUGCCGAGCGGGAGAGAGCGCGGAGUGAGACCCAGUGCCCGGCGAGUGGGGGCAGUCAUCAUCGCGCCGCGCGCUAUGUCGACGGCUGACGCUCCUCAGCGCGCAGCGCAGCAGUGAUCGGCAGUGGCGAAGAUGACGGCGAUGAUGAUGAUGGAGUUCAUCAUCAUGACGACGGUGGCGGCGUCGGCGACAGCCGUCCUGAGGCUGGGGCUGCUCGCGCCUGCCGCGGCCGCCGCAGAUGUGGGCUUGGGCAUCGGCGCCGAGCGCGGGGUCGGGAGGAGAGCCGCCUCGACAUCGCAGGACGCGAAGAAGGGGGGCCCCGGCGGCGGCGGGGGGGUUCGCGGGGAGUUGUUCAACUGGAGCCUGGCCGAGCCCGUGCACCUGUCGCAGCAGUCGGAGGCUCAGGCGGCGGUGUGCGACCCCGAGCAGCGCAUGUGGUGGGCUUUCCUCGCCUCGUCGCUCGUCACCUUCCUCGGUGGCCUGCUCGCCAUCGUGGCGUGGCGAGGCGUGCACUGCGUGUGGACGUGGUGCUGCAGGGCGUGCGCCCGCAGUCACAAGAAGGUGUCGACGGAGGGACGGCUCCAGGGAGGCUCCUACCAGGACCCGCGCUUCGAGGGAGGUGUGGAGCGUGUGGCCGAGAUGGACAUGAACGAGGUUGGGUGGAUGACAUCCGUCAAGGACUGGGCCGGGGUCAUGAUCUCCGCACAGACGCAGACGGGACGCGUGCUGGUGUUCUUCGUGUUCCUGCUCAGCAUCGGCACCCUCGUGAUCUACUUCAUCGACUCCUCCGACCCCAUCGAGCUGUGCCAGUAUUUCAACACGAACAUCGCGCUGCAGAUCGACAUGGGCCUCAACGUGUUCUUCCUCCUCUACUUCGGGCUGCGGUUCAUCGCAGCAAACGACAAGCUGUGGUUCUGGCUGGAGGUAAACUCCAUUGUGGACUUCUUCACGGUGCCCCCAGUGUUCGUGUCUGUCUACCUCAACCGCGGCUGGCUGGGCUUCAGGUUCCUCCGGGCGCUGCGCCUCAUUCAGUUCUCCGAGAUUCUGCAGUUCCUCAACGUUCUCAAGACCAGUAAUUCCAUCAAGCUGGUAAACCUGCUCUCAAUCUUCAUCAGCACCUGGCUCACUGCGUCGGGAUUUAUCCACCUGGUGGAGAACUCGGGCGACCCCUGGAGGGACUUCCAGAACCAACAGAACCUGACGUACUGGGAGUGCGUCUACCUACUCAUGGUCACCAUGUCCACGGUGGGCUACGGCGACAUCUACGCCAAGACCACGCUCGGACGCCUCUUCAUGAUCUUCUUCAUCCUGGGAGGCCUGGCAAUGUUCGCUCGCUACGUGCCAGAGAUCGCCGCUCUCAUCCUCAACCGGAGGAAAUACGGUGGCGAGUACCUCCCGACCCGCGGGCGCAAGCACGUGGUGGUGUGUGGACACAUUACGUUGGAGAGCGUCUCCAACUUCCUGAAGGAUUUCCUGCACAAGGACCGCGAUGACGUCAACGUGGAGAUCCUCUUUCUGCACAGCAUAUCCCCGAACCUGGAGCUGGAGGCGCUGUUCCGCAGACACUUCACCCAGGUGGAGUUCUACCAGGGCUCGGUGCUCAACCCACUGGACCUGGCGCGCGUCAAGAUUGAGGCAGCGGAUGCCUGCAUGAUCAUUGCGAAUAAGUACUGCCCAGACCCUGAUGCUGAGGAUGCUUCGAACAUCAUGAGGGUAAUUUCCAUCAAAAACUACCACCCCAGAAUAAGGGUCAUCACUCAGAUGCUCCAGUAUCACAACAAGGCGCACCUGCUGAACAUUCCGAGCUGGAGCUGGCGCGAGGGCGACGCGGCCAUCUGCCUCUCGGAGCUGAAGCUGGGCUUCAUCGCGCAGAGCUGCCUCGCGCAGGGCAUCUCCACCAUGUUGGCGAACCUCUUCUCCAUGCGCUCCUACAUCAAGAUCGAAGAGGACACCUGGCAGAAGUUCUACCUGGAGGGCGUCUCCAACGAGAUGUACACCGAGUACCUGUCCAGUGCCUUCGUGGGUCUGUCCUUCCCUGCCGUCUCUGAGCUGUGCUUUGUGAAGUUGCGGUUGUUGCUCAUUGCUAUUGAAUACCGCUCGGAGUACAGCUACGGCAGCAGCAUCCUUCUCAACCCUGGCAGCCACGUGAAGAUACAGGAUGGAACGCUGGCAUUUUUCAUCGCAAAUGACUCCAAGGAGGUCAAGAGGGCGUUUUACUAUUGCAAAGCGUGCCACGAGGACGUGACCGACCCAAAGAAGAUUAAGAAGUGCUCCUGUCGACAAUUUAAGCUGACCGUGUGCCAGAGGCUGCGCCAGGUGUGGUGCCCGGCGGCCACCGAGGCCGACGCCCAGGUCUGGACCCAGGCCCCCGCGCCCCCGACCCCCAAUCACUUCGUCCUGUCCAAUGAGGAGGUGUGCUCAUCGCGCAAGCAGCGGAGGGGCAGCGACGAAUGGGCGGACCACAGCAUGCAGCUGCAACCGCACAGCUCAAUGGAGGCGGGACGCAUGGACGCAGCGGAUCACUUUGGCACCAACGUGAUGCGCUUCGACUCCACGGGCAUGUUCCACUGGUGCCCGUCACGGGACAUCGAGCAGGUGCUGCUGACACGUGCCGAGGCGGCCAUGACGGCACUCAGCGGGCACGUGGUGGUGUGCAUCUUCGGCGGCGCCACCUCAGCCCUGGCCGGGCUGCGGAACUUCGUGAUGCCGCUGCGCGCCAGCAACUUCCGUCGGCGUGAGCUCAAGCAUAUCGUGCUGCUCGGCUCGCUCGAGUACCUGCGGCGCGAGUGGGAGUCCCUCAAUCACUUCCCCAAGAUCUCCAUCCUUCCCGGCUCGCCACUGAGCCGGGCCGACCUGCGCGCCGUCAGCGUGAACCUGUGCGACAUGUGCGUCAUCCUGUCGGCCGGGGAGGGCUGCUCGGACGACGCGUCGCUGCAGGACAAAGAGUGCAUCCUCGCGUCCCUCAACAUCAAGAGCAUGCUCUUCCACGACGCCAUAGGGCCCCUGCGCGCAAACUCCCGUGGAUUCAUGCCGCCCGGCCUGGAGACCGACCCCCGGGAUGAGGAGGAGGGGGCUGCCAGGGACCCGGACGAAGGGCCGGCCAACCAGGGUGGCCCCCGGCUCGGCAGGCCCCGGCUCGACUCGCACAUCACGAGCGGCGCGCACGUGCCCAUGGUGACGGAGCUGGUGAACGACUCGAACGUGCAGUUCCUGGACCAGGACGACGAUGACGACCCGGACACCGAGCUCUACCUCACCCAGCCGUUCGCGUGCGGCACCGCCUUCACCGUCAGCGUGCUCGACUCGCUCAUGAGCGCGACAUACUUCAACGACCACACGCUCACGCUGAUCCGCACGCUGGUGACGGGCGGCGCCACGCCGGAGCUGGAGGCGCUGCUGGCGGAGGAGGGCUCCCUGCGCGGCGCCUACAGCACGCCCCGCACGCUCGCCGCUCGCGACACCUGCCACGUGGCGCACCUGCCGCUCAACCAGGGACCCUUCGCAGACCUCGGGGAGGGCGGCAGCUACGGGGAGCUGUUUUGCCGCGCGCUGCGCACGCACGGCAUGCUGUGCUUCGGGGUGUACCGCUACCGCGACGCGCUGCUGCAGAACACGGCGGCGCUCCUGUCACAGAAACGGUACGUGAUCUCAAACCCGCCCUACGAGUUUGAGCUGCUACCCAGCGACCUGGUGUUCUGCCUCGUGCCGUUCGGAAUCCGCGGAGGCCACUCCCCACUCUAACGGAAAAGAAGAGGUCGACCACAGAAGCAAGUGGGGAUAUCAGCGAUGAGAAACAUGAAAAAGACUUACACACACGAGACAGGCCUCUAAGAUACUUUAUUUGAUACUUGAUUAAGCUUGUGCCGUGACUGAUGCACUUUGCAGCCUUAUGUUAAUUUAUUGAGAAUGUGAACUACCGUAUUUAAAUGUUUAAUUUAUCCGGUGUGUGCGUGCGCGUGCGUGCAAUGCGGUUAAACAGCAUUUGAUCUUAUAGAAUGACAACUGUUAAUUGUUCCCACAGCUUAUGAGUGGGAAUAAUGGCAGAUUGUGUGUAACGCUCCUCCAGCAACAUUUGUUAUAUACCCACAGGAACACGACAAUGUUCGUAUACAAGUAGACACACAUCUUCCUACAGCGAGUCAAGCCACGUUCAGUCGCAAGGGCCUCGAGUGACAACCGAAAUGUAUGAACGUCACAUUUUGGUCACUGGUCGACUCGCACGAUCUUCCCUCCUCGGUGGAUAAAAUAGGUACCAGUUUGUUUUCAAGCACUGUCGUAGUAGUGGUAGUAGCGGCACAGGUUUUGUGUGGGGAGAACGUUUCCCGCAGCAGCGAUAAUGAAUUUCCACGGCUGGGCUCAGCGUGCUGCCAGCGGAGAUGAGAGCUGCGUCGAUCCUCGAUUCUCCAUUUGCCCAGCCAGAAUUCACCAGCCCCUAGACCCUCGCCGCACCAUCUCCAUCCACCGCAGCGCAAACUCCACGUCUGAGAUGUUGCUCGUGCCAGGGCAACGGACGCACAAGUGACACGAUAACAACAAGGCGUAUUUCCGAACGUAAUCAUGAUUUUUUUUUUCGUAAAAAGCGUUCCAAGUGGCGUGUGUUGCCGGAAAUUUGCUUUGCAUGCAAGGUGAUGGAUGGACAGAGGGAAGUAUUUGGGUUUUAUAUAUAUGCCAUAUAUAUUGUAUACGAUCAGGAUUGGUAAAAAAACCCAUAUAGGUUGUGCAUAUCCCGAUACCCAGACUGUGUAUCAAGAUAUAUAUAUAUAGACUAUGCCAUUUGACUGCUGUGCAGUGGAAAGUGGUGGAGCUGAUCACAAACAGCCGCGGUUGCAUGCGAUGACACCGAUGUAACGUAUUGCAUAUUACGACCGACGGAAAGGAAAACACGGGACGACACCGCUGACUCGGCGACGAUCCACGCAGCGCGGAUGCCGCUCCAUUGCAGGACGCUCGUGGGGAAAUGACCGGGACAUUACGUUGGGUUCAGCGCCUCGCGAAACUAGUAUUAACGCCCGCUCAUGUCCCCUUACCCGGUGUGCAUUACGCUGCGGGAUUAUUGCUCCCGCCUCUAUUCACGGACAUGGUCUACUCGUGGGAAGUGUGCCGAGAUUAGUUCUUACCCCCCCCGCCCCCAGUGAUUUAAUGAGUUUAAUUACAUUUGAUACAUUAUAAUUGCGCGAUAAAACAACAAUGAUCUUGUUAUAAUGGGUGUAAACAUUUUUAAUAAUGUGUUAUAUAUGUAUGUUGAACUUCUUUUGCACCGUACGUAGCCAACCGUGCUAAUCGGAGUUGCAGGGGAAGGACAAACUAAACGCAAAAAUCAGUUCUAAGAAAAAAAAUCUCGAUUUAAAAGUGCAUAUAGCUCCAGUGGCUUCCUUAUAUCGGAAGGAAGAGCGUUCCAGACGGCCGCAGAAGCGCACCUGAAAGCGCGCGACUAACAUCCUUCUUUUGGUGUGAAUUAUAAUAAAAAAAAAUAAAGGGGCAAAUGAAACAGCUCCGCGAAAUUCCAGCACGAUCAGAUAUCUUUGGAGGGAGGCUGGCGAGACGGGCGCGAGUGAGCCGAGGGAGGGUUGCGAGGGCGUGACCCGGGGUGUUGGCGAUUCGGAAGGGCCGUGUGAGACGGCGACAUCGACGAACCUCGCCCCCCCCGCGUGGCUUUCGCGGCCAGAGGGGCGCGCGUCCAGAACCAAAAAUAAGUCCUUUAAAAAACUUUUUUAAAAACACGCUUUUAUGAAAUGUACUAGUAAUGGCAGAACUCCACGACUCCAUGAAGUGGCCCCGAAGCUUGCCACAACGUAAGGGACCGUGCUGAUUUACAGCCAACGUCAGUUGAGCGUGGACAAUUAGACCCAAGCCGAAACAUAACAUAUAAAAAAUAUUGAUUAAAAUAUAUAUUUAUGUUUAAUGAUAGAAUAUAGUAUUGUCACCAGUAUGCCAUACGUAUACCAAGUUUGCAGUCGAUACGACAUUGGGAAGUGGGUUAAAUUUUAGUUAAAAGAUUUGAGGAUACGACAACAGACAGAGUGAGUUAAAUAAAAGCGUGUAACAAUAAUAAUAAUAAAAACCUCCGCGGUUGGAAGUCGCACUCCAAGCUCGCGCCUCUGGGCCCAGCGAUUGUAAAUAGUUGCAGCGGAUUAGCAGCAGGCGGGGCCGAGAAGCCAAAAAACUAGCCGAAAUUCAUCGUCGUUAUUUCACAAGGCUGUCAACCCACACGGUGUAGCCGUGUUCUUGUACAGGGAAAUUGAGAUUCCAGGUCCAUACGGCGUACAGGCGUUUCAAUGCGGGCAACACAUUUUUUUUGGUCUAUUUGUGUUUCUUCCUUGUAAUGGGACUUUGUAGGAUGAACGUUGAGUUCUAUAAGGGGCACGGGGUGACCAAUACGGUCUGAAUUGGUCCGUAAUAAAGGUAGGCACUGAUAAUGGGUAUGUGUUUAUUGAAUCAAAGGUGACUUUUUUCACAAAUGAUCCUUAAUUCAAGCUCAUUCGCAAAAAAACACAGCUACACCGUCAGUUUUCCGAUGGCACCUCAGAAAAUCUGUAGAGCAGUCUAGGGAGAGUUGCUUGGACAAAGUACAUACAAAUGCUCUGCUUAUAGAUAUAAACAAUACAGUACUUUAAAAUUGUCA